AACCCAAACGUCAACUUCGACUGUCACCACAACUGUCAACUGUCACACAAUCUUUACCAAGUGUUUGACUCAACAGUGCCCCACUUUCACACCGUGCUCGCCCCAUAAUCACACUCGCCCCCAAAAACCACGCUGCCAAAAAUGCCACACCUCCAGCCCCCAUUUUAGCCAGCCCAACGAUGCCUAACCUAGAAAAUGAUCCGCAAGAAACGAAAGUGGUAUACCAAACAAAAUGAUUGUGUUCUUGUACCUCAGUGUGUUUACGUUUGUAAUUCGGGCUUCCGACCCCAGCCACAACGAAAUCUCCACGGAAGACAACCUAGAAUCGCCCUUAUGUUGCAACCUAACUGUCGAUCAUGUGGAAGUGGAGUACAGUUCAAAAGUCGUCGAGAAUGAGUACAUCGUCAUGUUCAACGGUUACUACAAGAACCAGGCGAGGGCGAAUUAUAUUAAUACGGCCCUGAACACGUCGGGGGUGCGGAAGUGGAAGAUUUUGUCUAGAGAGAACCCGGCUAGUGAUUACCCGAGUGAUUUCGAUGUGGUUAUCAUCGAGGACACGGAUAAGAACGCGGGUUUGAGCGCUUUAACCAACCACCCGACUAUUAAAACAGUGACGGCGCAGCGGAUGGUUUUACGGACUUUGAAGUUCAUCAACGACAAUUAUGUGAGACGCGGGAGGACGAGUCUUUCCAAGAGCCAGUUCUGGCAGGCCACGGGGCGCCACACUAGUAGAAGACUACUAAGAGCUAUCCCGAGACAAAUCACCUCAGUGCUUCAAGCUGACUCUCUAUGGAACAUGGGGGUCACCGGAAAAGGGAUCAAAGUGGCCAUUUUUGACACAGGUUUAUCCAAAACGCACCCCCACUUUAGAAAAAUCAAAGAAAGGACAAACUGGACGAACGAAAAGACGUACGAUGAUGGGUUAGGUCAUGGUACUUUUGUGGCUGGGGUGAUAGCCUCCAGUAAAGAGUGCCUGGGUUUUGCCCCUGACUCAGAGCUCCAUAUUUUUCGUGUCUUCACGAAUAACCAAGUGUCGUACACUUCGUGGUUUCUGGACGCUUUUAAUUACGCUAUUUUGAAAAAAAUUAACGUUUUGAAUCUGAGUAUUGGGGGGCCGGAUUUUAAGGAUCACCCUUUCGUGGAUAAGGUGUGGGAGCUGACGGCGAAUAGGGUGGUUAUGGUUAGCGCAAUAGGGAAUGAUGGGCCGUUGUAUGGUACUUUGAAUAAUCCAGCGGACCAGAUGGACGUGAUUGGUGUGGGAGGGAUUAAUUUCGAGGAUCAGAUUGCGAAGUUUUCGUCCCGAGGGAUGACGACGUGGGAAUUGCCGCAAGGUUACGGUCGAGUCAAACCCGACAUAGUAACCUACGGCUCAGCCGUCCGCGGCUCCAACAUCAAAGGCGGCUGUCGCGUCCUCUCCGGGACCAGCGUGGCAUCCCCCGUGGUAGCCGGCGCCGUCACACUCCUAGCAAGCGGGGUAUUGCACCGAGGCGACGUCAUCAACCCCGCCAGCAUUAAACAAGCCCUUAUGGCCUCCGCUCGAAGGCUUCCAGGCGUCAACAUGUUCGAACAAGGCCACGGGAAACUGAACCUGAUGAAGGCCUACCAGAUUUUGAGCAGCUACAAGCCACAGGCCAGCCUCAGCCCUAGCUAUAUCGACCUUAGCGAGUGCCCCUACAUGUGGCCCUACUGCACUCAGCCCUUGUACUACGGCUCGUUACCGGUAAUCGUAAACGUAACGAUCCUGAACGGCUUGGGAGUGUCCGGUGUAAUCGUCAACAAGCCACAGUGGCACCCGUACUCGCCCCAGCACGGCCAAAUGCUCGACAUUGCCAUUUCUUACUCGGAGUUGUUGUGGCCGUGGUCGGGGUGGAUGGCGGUGAGUUUGUCGGUGGCGGCAGAGGGCGCCACCUACGAAGGGCUAGCGCAUGGGCAUAUUUCGGUGACGGUGGAGUCGCCGCCGGGGCCAGGGGAGACCGAGGCGAGGCAGAGCACAGUAACACUUCCGAUAAGAGCGAAAAUCAUCCCCACGCCACCUAAGCACAAACGCGUCUUGUGGGAUCAAUAUCACAACUUGCGUUAUCCCCCAGGAUAUUUCCCGAGGGAUAACUUAAAAGUGAAGAACGACCCUCUAGACUGGAACGGGGAUCAUAUUCACACGAAUUUUAAAGAUAUGUACCAGAAUCUGCGAAACGCCGGCUACUACGUCGAAGUUCUGGGAUCCCCGUUCACCUGCUUCGACGCCUCCCAAUACGGGACUCUUCUUAUUGUCGACCCCGAAGAAGAGUACUUCCCCGAAGAAAUAUCGAAACUAAAGCGGGACGUCGACGCGGGUUUGUCGGUCAUAGUUUUCGCCGACUGGUAUAACGAAACCGUCAUGAAGAAGGUGAAGUUCUAUGAUGAGAAUACGCGGCAGUGGUGGAUGCCCGACACCGGCGGGUCGAACAUUCCGGCUCUGAACGACCUGCUGGCGUCGUGGGGGAUCGAGUUCGGGGAUAGAGUGUUCGAGGGGAAUUUUAAGCUGAACGACCACGAUAUGUACUACGCUUCCGGGACGAGUAUACGGAAGUUCCCGAAGGAGGGGCUGGUGAUUUCGGCGAAUUUGCACGACCAAGGGGCGCAGAUGUUGGGCGAAACGUCCGAGGCGUCCAAAGUCCACAAAGUCCCAGUCUUAGGCCUCCACCAAACCAAGUCCACCGAAAAAAGCGGCCGGAUAAUCAUCUACGGCGACUCUAACUGCAUCGACGCCAGUCACUUAGAAGCGCCGUGCUACUGGAUGUUGGACGCCAUGUUGGAGUACACCUCCACCUCCCACCUGCCGUCAAUAUUCCAAGACAACCAGUUGAAAAACUGGGACAACGUAGCCGCCACCGAUGUGCCCGUGCGCAUGGACGGUAACCGCCUCUACCGCUACUCCAAAGUCCUCGAAGGCAACCUAGGCGAAUCGCAAGCCAGACCAUUGCCUCAGUGCCCACAUCUCGUGUGGGCGCACCCUAUCCCCCUGAACGUAUCAGCCCCCUCCAACUUGUACCAGUCCCAAAAACUACUGUCUCUGAUGGAAGACGUCGCCCUCCCCACCCUCAACAUCGAGAACAUGAUCAAAGACGCGUUGGGGCACGAGAGUAACGAAGACGCUGAUUUGUGGAUGUGGAGGAACAAGCAGCUGGGACAGGUGGCGUACCAGAACGAGAACUUUAACGUUACUUUGAGCGUGUUGGUGUUGUUGUCGGUGCUCGUGUUUUGUUACUGGGUCAGGUUGUACCGGCCGAAGCCCAAGAAGCGGAAGAUUUGCAAGCGGUUGGUGCAUUUCAUGCAGUGCAGAAGAAUGUCGACGGUGUAGGAGAAUUUUUGAGCUAUGUACAAAGAUAGAGUAGGGAAAUACGUACUAAUUGUUACUGCCACUUUUUUAACGUUGGUGUUUUUGAUCAAGUCCGAGGAAAAUCCCGUGGAUUUUUCCUUUCCGUACUAGUCGUCGCAGAUGACAAAAAAGGAACAAAGUUCACACUGUUCGUUCGGCGGAGAGUCGCUUGCUUUUUAGUGCAAUGGCACGUGUAUAUUGUAGAUAAUCAUGUAGAUUCCAGUUAUGUAUAGUUAUUUAUUGAGGAUGGAUGCGCGAUUUCGAGCAGUUUUGUAUGCAUGACCUCGUAUUGUAAUAAGAUAGAUUCAGAAGUAUAUUUUGAGUAAGGAACUUUUGUAGAGUUAUUAUUAAAGUACUUACUGACGGAA